AUGUUACUUCAUAAUGAUCUGGAAACAAUAAAUCGAAAGUGUAAAAAAAAUCUAUUGGAUGUUGCACGUACAGCAGAUACGAAUGACUCAGUGUGUCUGUUAGUCAUUCCUCUCCACCUGUAUAACCACAGCAUCUUCACGAACAAAUGUUAUACAAGGACACUACCGAGGGCUAAGCCACCAAAGCCGAUGCAGGCGCGAGCCAACACCUGGUGCGUCAAUCCCCGAGGGACGCUGAUUGUUAUUCGUUCCAUGCUCAUUCUUCCUCGACGCUAUUUUACGCUAGACACUUAUUUUCACCUUGAACAUGACCGAUUAUAUUUCUUCGGAUUCACUGUACAACCCAUUACUUCUUCCUGGUUUCGGACCAGGAUUUUGAGGAUGAUUCGUAUCUUUCCGACAAAUCUACGGCUCAAAUCACGAAACUCACUAACAAGUUUUUUCGCCGCUGAUGCCCGUGGACAUUCACACGUACACGUCCAGGGAAUAACCGGCGAUGGAAAAAUCUCGGAAAUUUAUAACCCAUCACAGAACCUUUUUUUUUUCGAUAUUUUUAUAGAUGAAUCUCCUGACAUCAGACGAUCUGAUAGACUGGCUACAAAGUAUAAUAAUAUGAAUUUCAAAAUUCCAAUUUUCUCAACAAACUCAUUUGAGCACUCCUUCACUGUAACUGCUAUUCGUCUAUGGCGUAACCUACCAAUCGACGUCAUAAAUGCACUGAGUCUCGAGACUUUCAAAAUUAAGGCUUUUGAGUUUUUUUAA